CUCUGCCCCCUGUCUGCACUACAGGUUCUCCUUACUGCACUAGAGGAGACACUGGGACAAUAGUGGGAGAAUGAAGCACUAGGAGAGAAUGACUUUGUACAUGGGAGGGGUAUGACGGACUAAUGAAAUAUGUUUCAUGUUGAAAGUCACUAACGAGAAGCUCUGGCUGCCAUUUACUUAAUUACACUCACUUCCUUGUAUUGUCGCGUGUCUGUGCCCAAUGAAGAGAUCACUCAGCCUUCAGGUAAGGACUGAUAUGCCCAGCUGGAGAUAGUAUGUUGCAUGCAAGAAGACUUUGCUUCUUCGGAUGUACCGUUGGCAUAGCAUGCCUUGUUUUGUCCUUCAGCUUUCACUGGCCAAUGAAAUUUCAGUCAAAAAUUUCCUGGAGAAGGAUCGAGUCUUGUAGCGGCGAGUUGCCCCGGGAUACUAUCACACCACUGAAGGACACCAAAGCCUAUGUCAUUGCCCCAUACUAUGACAACCGAGAGAAGAACAUUGUCCGAAUCUUGGGGAUUGUUCACCAUAGAGACGUGAAGGAACUUUACUGCUACUUCUGUUGUACUUCCGAUAACAUUCUGUACACAGUCAGGGCAGUGAUAAAUAUUCAUUCAGACCGGUUUGGCUUCCCCUAUGGUUUAGCGGAUAUCAUUUGUUCUGAACCUCCCGACUGUGCGCCGACACACGUCUCAGUUCACUGGUCUCCGUCUGAAGAACCCGGCAGUCUUACCACGUUCAAAAUUCGAAAUAGAGUGCAGGAAAAAAGGACGGCCAACUUCACCGUCUGUUUCUCCGCCAUGUUUGGGAAUUACGGCAACGUCCUGCAGUUCAUCCAGACUAUGGAAAUGUAUAAGAUACUGGGCGCCCAAAAAGUCACGGUCUACCUUAACAAUUGCAGCCGACAGAUGGAGGAGGUCCUUCAGUACUACACCAAGGAAGGGACGGUGGAGGUGAUCCCCUGGCAGAUACAGCGAUACCUGAAAGUAUCUCAUAAUUGGCAAUAUCUCAACGAUGACACGGAAAUUGGUUAUUAUGGGCAGAUACUGACACUAAAUGACUGUAUUUACAGGAACAUGUACUCCAGCAAGUUUGUUGUACUCAAUGACCAGGAUGAAAUCAUUCUGCCCUUCAAGCACCGGACUUGGGACAACAUGAUGGAAAGUCUUCAAUGGGAAAACCCAGAUGUGGGAAUCUUCCUCUUUGAAAACCAUAUUUUCCCUCAAACUGAGGUUUCCAAUGGAAAUUUCACCAAUACAUCUUCAUGGAAUGGGGUCCCAGGGUUUAAUUUACUCCAGUUUAUACACCGGGAACCAGACAGACCUGAUUACUUCAAUGCACGGAAGAUGAUAGUGGAUCCGAGGGCAGUGGUCCAAACGUCUGUUCACUCUACCCUGAAACAGUACAGAAACUCUAAAUAUGUCCCCCUAGAAACUGCCCUGGUCUAUCACUGUAGAGGCCCCCUGCAGGCAAACCUACCGAGGGAGUCUCUAAUUGAAGAUAAAACUAUAUGGAAGUAUAAUGACUCCUUAAUUAGGAAUGUUAACAAGAUGCUAAAAAAGUUUAAAUUGACCAGAUGAUGGAUGUUUUGGAGUGUGUCUGGUUAAUUAUAUUGUGACAGGUUUAAAUGAUAGUAAUUAAAAGCUGGUUACAACAAAA